CAAAAUCUCCCUCCCUAAUCUUCCCCGGCCUUUACCCUUCAACAUUACACUACUACUUCUCCCCAGCACACACACACUUGACAGUCCUAACAACACACACACACACACACACAGACUUAAAAAACACACUCACUCACACAAGUAUCACAAAACAAGAAGUUCAGUUUUGUCGAAUUAAUUCAAUUUCCUCCGUUUAAGGAAGAAAAAAAAUUUUCAAUUUAUGUCGGAUCCGUACGGAACUGAUGAUCGCUCUUCGUUUGAGCCCGACUCCGAACCCGGCGGACCGCCCGAACCGGAAGAUAUGAAUGUGUUUCUUCAUAAUCUUUUCCAGAAUUCACCGGCGACUGCCGGAAGUAGCUCUCUUUAUCGGGGCUCCGCUUCCAUGAUUAAUUCCUCCUCCGCUGCUAGCUUCGAUUUCUCCGAUCCCGGCGGCUUCUUCGCCGGAGAGGUGAAAGGGAGACUUGAGAAGACUUUUUCUUUAGCUGCUGCUGGAGAUUGUGGUGCUGUCACUUCUUCGAUGGAUAGGGGAGAAUUUUCCGGUGCAAACAAGGGAUUGGAGGCUUCAGAUGCAGCAAUUAACGAGGCUCAACCGCGUUGCACGAAAAGGAGUAGAUCAGCAGAAGUCCAUAAUUUGUCUGAAAAGAGGAGGAGGAGCAGAAUAAAUGAGAAAUUGAAAGCCCUGCAGAACUUAAUUCCAAAUUCGAAUAAAACAGACAAGGCAUCAAUGCUGGACGAAGCGAUUGAAUACCUUAAACAGCUUCAACUACAAGUUCAGAUGUUGACAAUAAGAAAUGGACUCAGUUUCCAUCCAAACUAUGUAUCGGGAUCCCUACAACCAAUGCAGCUUCCCAUGGAUUUUAAUGAGGGUGAUGUGAUGCCAAAUACAAGUGGAGGAAAACAUACAUUAUCUAGCAACCAAGAGGUUGCAAUGCAAGCAGCAUUUGGGGUUUCCAAUCCUAAAAUCUCAAGCCAGCAACUUGCUAUAGCUUCAAUGACAAAUAAUAGCAGCUCAGCAUUCUCAUUUGGAUUGCAAUCAUCAGCUCAGAAUUACCCUGGUGUUCCCAAUUAUUUGGCAUCUGCAAAGGAUCUCUGCCGGGAGGAUACUUUGAUGCAGUUUCCAUUAGAUAUUAGCCGCUCUGGGAACAAUUCGUCGUCAGGUGUGUCUUCGUACAAGGAGAAGCAGAACCCAUACAAUUAUGCUCCUCAGUCAUCUUUCACCAUCUUAACUUUCAAUAAUUCUGAUGUUCUGAGCUGGGUUUUGAGAGAAAUAGAGGCAGAGAUGUCUGAUAACAAAAUUAAUACUACUAACAGGGCAGCAUUUUUGAACGAUGAGCUAUCAAAACGGACCUCAAUAUUCGGGUUACGGUUAUGGGUCGUGCUGGGAGUAUGCGUAGGAGCUGCAAUUGUGCUCUUUUUGUUCAUUAUCUCCAUCUGGUUUACUUCCAGGAGACACAGCAAGAAGUCUAGGCUUGCAUCCCAGAAGAAUCCCACCAUUCCAAACGUGUCCAAAGAAAUUCAAGAAAUCCGGAUCGACCCGAAUAGGCCCCGGCCCGAACAGGACACCAAGCUGCUCCUCCUUCCUGCUCCAGGUCCUGACCCGUUGCCCGAGCCCGAUCAUGUGGUGGAGGAUGAGAACGCAAAUGGGCAUCGGAGAAUUCAUGUGGAAAUUGGAAAAGGACACAGAAUUGCAUAUCCGGAGAGGGUCGGACCAGGGAGUGGCGGGUCGGGUCAAGGGAGUGGGGAGGCCCGGUCGGGUGAUCAAGUGGGUAUAGCUGUGCCCGAGGUAUCCCAUUUGGGUUGGGGCCAUUGGUAUACUCUGAGGGAGCUUGAAGAGUCAACUAAUGGAUUUGCUGAUGAGAAUGUGAUUGGGGAAGGAGGGUAUGGGAUUGUUUAUAAAGGUGUUUUGGAAGAUAAUACUAAAGUGGCUGUCAAGAAUUUGCUUAACAACAGAGGACAAGCGGAGAGGGAAUUCAAGGUUGAAGUUGAGGCAAUUGGGCGAGUUCGGCAUAAGAAUUUGGUUAGGUUGCUUGGUUAUUGCGUUGAAGGAGCUCAUAGAAUGCUGGUAUAUGAAUACGUGGACAAUGGGAACUUGGAACAGUGGCUUCAUGGAGAUGUAGGACCUUACAGUCCUCUUACAUGGGAAAUUCGAAUGAACAUCAUACUUGGAACAGCAAAAGGGCUGACCUAUCUGCAUGAAGGACUUGAACCCAAAGUUGUACACCGCGAUAUCAAGUCCAGCAACAUUCUGCUUGAUAAGCAAUGGAACCCAAAGGUAUCAGAUUUUGGCUUAGCGAAGCUUUUGGGGUCUGAGAGGAGUUACAUAACGACUCGUGUUAUGGGAACAUUUGGUUAUGUUGCUCCAGAAUAUGCUAGUACUGGCAUGUUGAACGAAAGAAGUGAUGUUUAUAGUUUUGGUAUUCUUCUCAUGGAGAUCAUUACAGGGCGGAACCCAGUGGAUUACAGCCGUCCUCAAGGGGAGGUGAACCUGGUUGAUUGGCUGAAAACUAUGGUUUCCAACCGUAAUGCAGAGGGAGUUUUGGAUCCUAAGUUACCCGAGCAGCCUUCCUCAAGAGCGUUGAAACGUGCUCUUUUGGUAGCUUUACGUUGCGUUGACCCAAAUUCUCAGAAGAGGCCCAAGAUGGGGCAUGUGAUACACAUGUUAGAGGCUGAUGAUUUCCCCUUUCGAGAUGAACGUAGUAGGGCUGGAAAAGAACAUGCACGUACAAAUCGUGACAGCCUGAAAGAGAGGAUGAUGGAAAAACGCAUGAUUGAAUCAGGGGACAGUAGCGGAUAUGAAAGUAGCGUCCAAACGAACAGGAUGCUAUUGAGGAAGCAAGAAACGGAUGAAGAGCAGUAGCCGUUGCGAGGUUGAUUUAGUUAAUCAGGUUGUAGUUUCCAUUAAACUUUCAUCUCUAGAUUGUCCUUUGUAUAUAUAUUUGUACACCAUUCCUUCACCUGUGCAGUCUUGGUUACAUACAAUGAUAAGCCUUGUAGGUUAAGCAUGAGAGCCAUAUCAUGCUACACAUUUUGAUGAUUCAGUUGGGCGUUCAAUUUUGUCUCUUCCCACUCAUAAAUGACUUUUUUAUAUUGAAAGAGGGAAUGGCUUGGUCAUUUUGUUAUGCCGUAUGAUUUUCUGUUUCUUGAAGAAGCAGCUGACGUGAAAUUAUAGCAAGAACUUGAGUUGCAAGUGUACAUCUAUCUGAAUGUUGUUGUGCAGUGGCAUUUUUUCUUUA